CUUAGCGGGAGCCGCGGAAGAACGAGCGCGCAGAGCGGCCGACGGGGCGGAGGGCGGCGCGCGGACAUGCGCCCCUCGGCGCCUCCCGCGCUCCCCGCGCUCGGGCUGGCGCUCCCGCUGCUGCUGCUCCUGCUGCCGCCCGCACCCCGCGCCGCCUACCGCGCGCCGCGCUUCGACCCCACCUGGAAGUCCCUGGACGCCCGGCCGCUGCCCGCCUGGUUCGACCAGGCCAAAUUCGGCAUCUUCGUCCACUGGGGGGUGUUCUCCGUGCCCAGUUUCGGGAGCGAGUGGUUCUGGUGGUAUUGGCAAGAGAAAAAGAUACCGAUGUAUGUGAAGUUUAUGGAAGAUAACUACCGUCCUGAUUUCAAAUAUGAGGAUUUUGGACCACUAUUUACAGCACGGUUUUUUAAUGCGAGCUACUGGGCAGAUGUUUUUCAGGCUUCUGGUGCCAAAUACACUGUCUUAACUUCCAAACAUCAUGAAGGCUUUACCUUGUGGGGCUCAAAGCAUUCAUGGAACUGGAAUGCGGUGGAUGUGGGGCCCAAGAGGGACCUUGUCAAGGAGCUUGAGGCAGCUAUUAGGAACAGGACUGACCUUCGCUUUGGACUGUACUAUUCCCUCUUUGAAUGGUUUCAUCCACUCUUCCUUGAGGAUAAGUCCAGGUCAUUCCAUCAGCAACAAUUUCCAGUUUCCAAGACGCUGCCAGAACUCUACGAGCUAGUGAACAAGUAUCAGCCGGAGGUCCUGUGGUCGGAUGGUGAUGGAGAUGCCCCUGAUGACUACUGGAACAGCACGGUCUUCUUAGCCUGGCUGUAUAACCAAAGCCCCGUUCGGGACACAGUUGUCACCAAUGACCGUUGGGGACUCGGUACCAUCUGUAAGCAUGGCGGCUAUUAUACCUGCAGUGAUCGUUACCACCCAGGACAUCUUCUGCCUCAUAAAUGGGAAAAUUGCAUGACAAUAGACAAGUUUUCCUGGGGUUACAGGAGAGACGCCAGACUCAGUGACUAUCUUACAAUCGAAGAACUAGUGAAGGAACUUGUAGAGACAGUUUCAUGUGGAGGAAAUCUUUUGAUGAAUAUUGGGCCCACAUACGAUGGCACAAUUCCUGUAAUUUUUGAGGAGCGACUGAGGCAAAUGGGGACCUGGCUAAAAGUCAAUGGAGAAGCUAUUUAUGAAACCUACCCUUGGAGGUCCCAGAGUGACGUCACCCCAGACGUGUGCUCUUCUGAUCCCUUAGAACACAUCUUGCUAACGGAUGCACAAAUUGAAUGGAGACAAAGCACAGAUGCUCACAGACUCAGUUCAAAGCUAUGGCGGCUUGAUGCUGAAAUGCUGAGUAUAGGAAGGAACUUGGAGUUACCACUCGCUGCUGUUGGGGUGUGCACUGCCUCUCAAACGGCUCUCUGCAAAACAAACACUAAAUGCUAUUUUUACUUUUCACUUCUUUUUUUUUUGUAAAAGUGAAAGUCCUCUUUAGAUUUCUUUCAGUUACAAAAAUAGGUACUACUCUAGGCCUUUUAUAAAAGUGAAAUGGCGUAACACUGACUGUAGGGGAUACCUGUAAUUUUAAAAUGAACUUCGUCAGUGGCAAUGUUUGGCCAAACCUUUGAAAAUUUUCUUUUCAUUUCCCAGAAAACUAAACUUAAAAUACAGCUAUCUCCAUGCAUAUCAAUGUAAAAUAGAUAUUCUUUUUUACAGUUAUUUUAUGUUGUUCAAGUUCUGGAAGCAUCCAAAAUGAUUCUGGAAUUUAUAAAUAAAUAAAUGAGUAAAGCAAACUCAGGUUCUUUCCCAGACAUCCCAUCCCAGAAUACAUUAGAAUAAAAGUAAGAUGUUGUAGUUGUACUAUUUUAAGGUCAUUAAAAAAAUCUGGAGGAAGUUAAUCUAACAGUUGUAGGCAACAGAUCUGGUAUUGAGUUCAUUUUGAUGCAUUUUAUAGCUUGUUUUUAAGAAACAAUUUCUUUGGAUGUAGAUUGUCCAUAAGCUUCUCCUUGUAUCAUCUUUCCACAUUUCAUUUCUAACACUGUGGUUGAUCUGGCAGAAAGGAAGAUGGAGUUCACAUUUGAUGUUUAAUUACAGCUUAGUGGCGUGGGUAUGACAUCAUCUUUUUAUUUUAUCUAUAUUUUGUCUGGCCCCAUUAAUACUGUAAUCUUAAAAGUUCAUGGGUUUUGUUUUUGUGUUGUUCCACAUGAUAGGCAAAGUUUUUCCGUUCAAAAUAACCAUAGAUAUGUAGAAAACAUAUUUAAACCCAUUUAGUAUAAGAGUAAGGAUAUAAAACAAUUACAGUAGUAAUUGAUCAGACUUAUGUAUUGUUGAUCAGUUACUGGAAAACCUGGGGAGAAAGGGUAGCUUCCUAGAUAAGGGACAUUCUAUGCAAGAACUAUGCAAGUCUUACAUUGGGCAGAUUGGUCCAGAGUCAUUUUCCCUGGUCCUCUCUUCAGUGUUUUCCCUACUCUAACACUAUUCAGCCUUUACAGUUCUUCUCUUCCAACUCUUGGACACUUUUACUUGACAGGAAUGUAGGAGUAAGACGCACGUAUGCACUCAUUUGGACCAAAGGUUAAAAUAACUUGUGAACCACUAAAUAAAAGCAAAAGCUGA